UUUCUUAAAUUUAUCAUAUAUAAUAAUAGUCGUCAAUAAUAUUACAAAAAUGUCAGGCUCCGGAAAAGGUACUUUUCAACCGGAUUCAGAUGUUCAUAUAUCAUAUGAAGAUCAGCAAAAAAUUAAUAAAUUUGCUCGUCUUAAUGCUAAAGUAGAUGAUUACAAAGAUGAACUUAAAGUUAAACAGAAUGAUAUGAAGAAUUUAGAAGAAGCUGUAGAAGAGCUAAGUCUUGCAGAUGACUCAGAGAAAAUUCCAUAUUUGAUUGGAGAAGUCUUUGUAUGCCAAAGUCUUGAAGAUACUUUAAAAUCUCUAGAAACAGCAAAAACAAGAAAGGAAAAUGAAAUAAGUGAGCUAGAAGCUAAAUGUGAGGAACUCAAAUCGCAGAUGGGCGAGUUAAAAGCACACUUGUAUGGGAAAUUUGGCAGUCAUAUAAAUUUGGAAAAUGAAGAAGAAUAAAAUAAAAACAUUUGUGUCUCUAGAAUACAUAUAUUUUGCAGAAUAAUAACACAGAUUUUGUAUUUUAAAUAUUUGGAAUAAUUCUCUGCCCUAUGCCUAUAAGAAUACUUAAUUAUACAUUACAAUGUGUAUUAUUA